UCAUUCGUUGAAAAAGGAUUUACAUUCUUGAUUGAAAGUUUGGAGGGGGAUCGCAUAUAUAUGAAGAGGAUGGUAAGAUACUCACAGUCACUGUUUAGAGAUCACUAAGUGCAGAGUGUACAUUUUACAGAUCAAUAUGAAGACAAUAACUGCUAUUGCCUUUUUGGCCAGCAUUUUGGUGAUUGCAAAUGCUCAUACUUAUCACUUGGGAGUAUGCCCAAUUGUGGAACCUAUGGUAGGAUUUCAAAUGAGCAAGUUCUUGGGCUACUGGUAUGUCAUCCAAAAAACAUCAACCGGAAGUAAAUGUGUUGGAUACAAUUACACUCGUGGUGAGGAGCCUGGCGAAUAUAGAAUUACUCAACAAUCCAACCAUCCUGUUUUAGGUCUCACGCCCCUGAAACACGAGUAUCAUUACACUGGUGAAUUGUCUGUACCAGAACCAAGUGUACCAGGUCGUAUGCAAGUUCGUUUUCCUUUGAGUGUUGCUGGAAGUGCAUCCCACGUAGUAUUUGCAACUGAUUACGACACAUAUGCUGGUAUCUUCACUUGUCAGAGACUUGGAUUUGCUCAUCGACGAAGUGCAACAAUCCUCUCUCGUACGAAAGAACUCGAUAAAUCAAUUGUUGAUUCUCUUCGUGCCAAGUUAACAAGCUUCAGUGUCAAUCCAUUCGAUCUAAGCAUAGUACCCCAAACUGGUUGUGACAAGGGUGAUGAUCCUGUUAAAAUUGACAUCAACCCUGACACAUUUUCAACUGAAAACUUAAGUAACGUCUUCCGUAAAGCUGGCGAGAAAUUAGGUGAUGGUUACGAAUGGGUGGUUAGCAAGGGAUCUGAAGUUUAUCAUAAAAUCGCUGGAGCUGCUUCUGAUGAUGAUAAUAAAACACCUGAAUAUCCUGCUCAUGUAGCUACUAUUCCUAAAAAUAAUGAUGAUAAAAUUGAAACCAAUGAAGUUGAAUGGAUUCCUUAAAUAAAAACGAUGCACGUCGUUUUAUUUUUCUGACUGACUAAUAAUUAAAAACUACUGAUCAAGCAUUUGUUAAUGUAGUUUUAGAAGGAUUCAGCAUUUGUAAUAUCUCAUGUUAGUUUUUAAUGAUCGUGAUAAUUGUAAUAUGUAUAAUCAACAUGUUACACUGAUGAAUGAUAGUUAUUUAGAUCAUAUAAAUUUAUAAUAUGGAGUAUGAUCUCGAAAGAACAAAAUUAUUGACUGACUCCUGUGAAUAUUAGAUCUAUCAAUAAAGAUUUGUUAAUUAUUCUUUAA